UAGCACUAAUUCCGGUGUUUCAUUCAGUGGGAUCGUGGGAAAACACUGCACGAUGCAAUUCAUUAUUCCUUGUGUGGUGCUCUUUGGACAUAUCUGGAUGACUUCAGCUGAGAAAGGCUGCGGAGGCAAACCAGCAGAUGUGGUAUUCGUCCUUGACUCUUCGGCCAGUAUAAUUGCUGAAGACUUCCGCAAACAGAUCCAGUUUACGCGCGACGUGGUCGACCUCUUUGACAUCGGCCCCGACAAAACUCGAGUAGGUGUCGUCCUCUUUAGUACAGACGUGUAUCCUGUGUUUGGAUUAACACGUUUUACUGACAAGCGAAGCAUGGAACGAGCCAUCGAGGGGAUUACCCAGGAAAUAGGAGGCACCCAGACACAGAAGGCUCUGGAAGACAUCAGAGAAAAUGAAUUCAAGAAAAAUGCUCGCCCAGAGGUUCCUCGAAUUGCCAUUGUCUUGACCGAUGGUCAGUCGUAUGAUCGGAACUUUACCAUCCAUGAAGCCACUCUGAACCAUCAAGCUGGGAUCACAACGUUUGUGAUUGGUAUUGGAUCUGGAGUUGAUAUGACAGAGUUAUCUGCCCUUGCCUCUAUCCCUCACAGCACCUACCUGCAUCGUAUAGGUGACUUCUCUGUCCUCCAAAGUAUAAAGACAAGACUUGCAAUUGAGACGUGCAAAGUGAAGUAUGUGAAACCGACUCCGAGACCUACACCCGCUCCGACCAUACAAGCUGAUGUCCCUGUUGAUUCCAGUGAGUGCAUCCUUAGUCUCAUCAUCGGCGUGGACACCAACGGCGUCAGCACACGCUCCACAAAAACAUCCUCUCCUUCCUCUCCGAAGUCACGGAGAAUCUGUCGGGUCUGCCCGGUAAGGUCCGCACGUCACAGAUUAUGACGAUGUGCCGAUUCACCUCGAAUCGUUAGAUCCAAGAGUUAUGCCCCUUUGAUAAAGAAAAUGCGGUAUCAAAUGCCAAAGAAAUCAAGCCGUGUUAGAUCGGCGGGGAUUUUAUUCAUCAACAGCCAAAUCGAAGAUGCUUCAAGAGCUGUGACUGAAGUAAGAAGAGCAAGAUUUAAUGGCUUCCAAUUAUUCGUGGUUGUUGUUGGCCAAAGUGGAGGGGAGGACGAUGUAUCGAAACUUCUUGGGGUAAAAAGUAGUUCCAAGGAAUACAGCGGAACAGUUUUCAAAUCUCCAGCUUACAGUAAGCUGCCAGUAAUCGUGACAGAACUCAUCCAGGUGCUAGAAGAAUCUGCCUCCUGUGUGUGAUGCUUCGUGUUGAAAAAUAAACAUUCAUUGCACUAAAUACAAUCACACAUUACCACAGCCUCUGGAUCUAGGAGUGAUUCUAAAAUAGGCAGAUCUAAGUUGAUUUUCUUUUUGAUCAUGUUUGCCACUUGUGUUGGUUGAGUAGAUUUUAUCAGAGACCAAGGAAAGUAUACAGCGGUCGGAUAUAUGUCUGGUUAUGAAUAUUCCCUAAUGUGCCUUUCCGAUUCGCAUAUAGUGUAUUCCAACACAUAAAUAUUCAUAUUUAUCAACCUUUAUUCACUUGUGUUUGCCCAUAUGCUGCAAACGUGGCGAGUUCAGUUGUCACUGGAUGAAUUGGUCAAUCAUGACAUAUAAGGAUUGGACCCGUGAGGAUCCGGGUUAGA